GAUAAACACGAUAAGGCAGAUUAUGAGCGCCAAAUCCGUUUAGUUUUUUAUUUGUAUUUCUUUCAAACCUUCCAAAAGUUUGUGUUUCGAGUUAGCAGACUUUUAUCUGGGUGAGCUUUUAUUUUGACACAGUUGCCCGGAUGUGAAGCUCCCGCUUCAGCUGAGUGUCCUGCGGUGUGUUUGCUGACCGCUCUGCUGUUCGUGGAUCUUUAUGAACGAUUAACUGAUUAAAAUUGAUCGCUGUUUUCUGAUUGCUGGACCGAUCGCUCGUGCCGAUGCCUGUGCUGGCGCUGCACGCGCACCUGGCGGCAGUGCUGGAGGCGCUGAUCCGCGCGGCGGUGGCGGAGAUGAGCACGCUGCUGCUGCGGGACGAGCACGAGACAACAACAACAAACAGCAAUCAAACAACACCACAAGCAACAACAGCAGUAGAGAACGAGGAGAGACUGAAGAAGUUUGCGUCAGUCAUGGAAGUGUUGGGCAACGAGGCUCUGGGCAAAAUCAUCAAACUGGUGGACGAGACCAAGUUUCUGCUGGACCUGGAGUGCAAGACAUUUUCAGGGAAACGAGCGAAGCAGCCGGGGAGCAUUCUGAACAUCCUCUCAGUGGGAGGGCUGGAGGAGGAACAUUCCUAUGAUGGAUGUGGAAGAAACUCCGAGACGAGAACGCAAAACGAGGCUGCAGACGCAGAGGAUUCUCAGCGUCCCGAGUCUCCGUUAACCCUGGCUGUGACAAUCAAAGAUGAAUUUGGAAACAUUGACUUGAAGUCCAUUAUUGCAGGUAACUUGGAGCUGGCUUCAGGCGAAGGGAGACCCCCAGAAGAGGGCGGUGAGGGUGGUCAGGAUGCCAUAAGCUUUGGUGGAAGGCGAGCUUUCAUAUGCACAGAAUGUGGGAGAAGUUUCUCCACCCUGAGCAACCUCAGAUCACACCAGCGCAUCCACACGGGCGAGAAACCCUUUGGCUGCGUGCUUUGCGGAAAGGCCUUCGCUCAUAAACAGAGCCUCGUGGAUCACCACCGCGUUCAUACGGGAGAAAAGCCCUUCCUUUGUAAAGUCUGUGGCAAAUGCUUCGGAAAGGCGGCCCACCUCAAGACGCACGAGAUAAUCCACACUGGAGAGAAGCCGUUCAGCUGUGAAGAGUGUGGGAAGAAGUUCAACAUCGCUCAGAACCUGGCCAGACACCAGCAGACACACACCGGCGAGAAGAGCUUCACCUGCACCAUCUGCCACAAAAGCUUCACACGAGCCAAGACGCUGAUCACCCACCAGCUGAUCCACACGGGCCAGAAACCUCACUCCUGCAUGGCGUGCGGCAAAGCCUUCCGGCACGCCGUCAACCUGCGUAACCACGAGCGCAUUCACACGGACGCGCGGCCGUAUGCCUGCGACUUGUGCGGCAAGACCUUCCGCCAGGCGGUCAACCUCAAAAUCCAUAAGCGGAUUCAUACCGGAGAGAAGCCGUUCACUUGCAAGGAGUGCGGCAAGAGCUUCAGCCAGCAGAGCAGCCUCAUUUCGCACGGCCGCACGCAUUCGGACGUCAAGCCGUUCGGCUGCAGCUACUGCGACAAGUGGUUCAACAACACCAACAGCCUGAAGCUCCAUGAGAGGAUCCACACCGGCGAGAAGCCAUACAGCUGCGAGUACUGCGGCAAAUGCUUCAGCCAGGGGAGCCACCUGAGAACGCACAAGCGCCACGUCCACGGAGGUGGGAAGCAGUACAUAUGUGACAAAUGCGGAAAGCGCUACGCGGACCCGCGCAAUCUGAAGCUGCACAAGUGCGUGUACGCCUGAAUGUGGUCCAGUUUGGUGUGGAAGCCUAGAAGAGUCACGAGCUGAGGCUGAUUUCACUUCAUGUGCCACGGGUUUUGCGAUGUAGAAACCCUUAAAGGAGAACCCAUUUUUAAAAAUGUCUGCAGAAUUUAAUUACUAAGAUGUAAACGGUCAUUCGGAGCAGUUUGGUCUGAAACGCUCUAUAGUAGAGAAACUUGCCAAGAAUAAUUCUUCACAAUGGAGGUCACAAUGGAACCAGACAUCUGAAGCAUUUAAAGGCAUUUAAUGAAUAAAUCACUGCCUGAUGUUUGA